AACGGAGCAACAAUGGCCCCAGCAACGGUCCAGACAAUGGCCCAGACAACGGUGGCAACAACGGCCCCAACAAUGGACCAGACAAUGGCAGCAACAAUGGCCCCAGCAACGGUCCAGACAAUGGUCCAGACAAUGGCAGCAACAAUGGCCCUAGCAACGGACCAGACAAUGGCGGCAACAAUGGCCCCAGCAACGGUCCAGACAAUGGCCCAGACAACGGUGGCAACAACGGCCCCAACAAUGGACCAGACAAUGGCGGCAACAAUGGCCCCAGCAACGGUCCAGACAAUGGCCCAGACAACGGUGGCAACAACGGCCCCAACAAUGGACCAGACAAUGGCGGCAACAAUGGCCCCAGCAACGGUCCAGACAACGGCGGCAGCAAUGGCUCUAACAACGGUCCUGACAAUGGUCCUGACAAUGGCGGCAACAACCAGCCAAAUGGUCCGGCACCAAGUGGCAAUCCGUCGAACCCAGGUGGCGGUCGCGGUGACCAGACGAACACGUCGGGUCCAUCGCCAAGCUCGCCGACGAGCCCAGGUGGUGAGCGUGGAGAUGUGACGAACACGGGUGGCCCAUCGCCAAGCUCGCCAACAAGCCCAGGCGGCGGUCGCGGAGACCAGACGAACACGGGUAGCCCAUCGCCAAGCUCGCCGACGAGCCCAGGUGGUGAGCGUGGAGAUGUGACGAACACGGGUGGCCCAUCGCCAAGCUCGCCAACAAGCCCAGGCGGCGGUCGCGGAGACCAGACGAACACGGGUAGCCCAUCGCCAAGCUCGCCGACGAGCCCAGGUGGUGAGCGUGGAGAUGUGACGAACACGUCGGGUCCAUCGCCAAGCUCGCCAACAAGCCCAGGCGGCGGCCGCGGAGACCAGACAAACACGGAUGUGACGAACACUGGUAGCCCAUCGCCAAGUUCGCCGACGAGCCCAGGCGGUGAGCGUGGAGAUGUGACGAACACGGGUAGCCCAUCGCCAAGCUCGCCGACGAGCCCAGGUGGUGGCGGCGGUCGCGGUGACCAGACGAACACGGGCGGCCCAUCGCCAAGCUCGCCAACAAGCCCAGGCGGUGAGCGCGGAGAUGUGACGAACACGUCGGGUCCAUCGCCAAGCUCGCCAACAAGCCCAGGCGGUGAGCGCGGAGAUGUGACGAACACGUCGGGUCCAUCGCCAAGCUCGCCAACAAGCCCCGGCGGUGAGCGCGGAGAUGUGACGAACACGUCGGGUCCGUCGCCAAGCUCGCCAACAAGCCCAGGCGGUGAGCGCGGAGAUGUGACGAACACGUCGGGUCCAUCGCCAAGCUCGCCAACAAGCCCAGGCGGUGAGCGCGGAGAUGUGACGAACACGUCGGGUCCAUCGCCAAGCUCGCCGACGAGCCCAGGCGGCGGUCGCGGAGACCAGACGAACACGGGUAGCCCAUCGCCAAGCUCGCCGACGGAGUCAUGUCAGUCAGAGACAUCGAUGACGCGUGUGACGCAAACGACAACGAACUCGAACGGUGAGCGCAGGACGCAUGUGACGUCGAAGACGACGGUAGUGCCGAACCGUUCGUGCACGUCGAGGACGUCACCACGAUCGCGGCCGACGGGCGAACGCGGCGACACGACUGUGACGACAGGUCCAGCGCCAUCGAAGCCUACAGGCGAACGUGGUGACACGACUGUGACGACAGGUCCAGCGCCAUCGAAGCCUACAGGCGAGCGUGGUGACACGACUGUGACGACAGGCCCAGCGCCAUCGAAGCCUACAGGCGAGCGUGGUGACACGACUGUGACGACAGGCCCAGCGCCAUCGAAGCCUACAGGCGAGCGUGGUGACACGACUGUGACGACAGGCCCAGCGCCAUCGAAGCCUACAGGCGAGCGUGGUGACACGACUGUGACGACAGGCCCAGCGCCAUCGAAGCCUACAGGCGAGCGUGGUGACACGACUGUGACGACAGGCCCAGCGCCAUCGAAGCCUACAGGCGAGCGUGGUGACACGACUGUGACGACAGGCCCAGCGCCAUCGAAGCCUACAGGCGAGCGUGGUGACACGACUGUGACGACAGGCCCAGCGCCAUCGAAGCCUACAGGCGAGCGUGGUGACACGACUGUGACGACAGGCCCAGCGCCAUCGAAUCCUACAGGCGAGCGUGUGAUGUGA